CCUGAGGCAGAGAGGCUGGCGGCGCCCGGCGAGGAAGAGGCGGGGAGGCGGGUCGCCAGGCUCCGGUGGGUAGCGGUGCUUUGCACGGGGACGGGGCAAGUGGACGAGCGGAGCGGCUGAGGCGAGUAGGAGACCGCGGAAACCCAUGCGACGACGGAGAUCCUUGACGAUGACAGACAGUGUCCUAUGAGUCCUGGCCCCCAUGACAUCCAAAGACAAAGCUGUGGUGUCCUUGCCAGUUUCUCCCUGGGAUGCCAUCCUCAAGGCUGCCAAAGACCAGCUGCCAUCUCUGGAUUCAGAUUCGUCCCUGUCUGAUGGUGAGGAAGAAGAGCCCUUCAUCUUUCAGCGGUACCAGCCCGUCCUGAUUCCAGACCUGACUGAGGAGCUGGCUGAAGACCCUAUUGGUGUCGAUGAGUCUGGGAACUGGGUUACUGCAGGGAGGAGUCCUUCACCUGAGCCACUUCUGGUUCCUAGGAGAUUACCCAUAGAACCCACAAGUGAACGGAUGGUGCAGUCGGGGGACCCGGCCCAUCAGGAAGGAAGAGGCCCUGGCUGGUGGUCUUUCCCGAUCCUUGUGGAUGCUGAGGAGGCACAUGCGUGGCUGGAGAGCAGUCUGAGAAGCCUGUGUGAGCCCAGAGGACCCCAGAGUCCUCCAUGGUGUUCCCAGGGAGAAGAAGCCACCUUGCCUUUGAAAGGAGAGCUGAAGCCAGAGCCCUCGGAUUUUAGAAAGUCUGCAAAGCACAGAGCCCUCCGCAGGGAGAGGAGGAAGAUGAUAGAGAGAGAUAUCCUUCAGAAGGUGACCCAGGCUGCUCAGAGCCCAGCCUGUGGUGACCAAGGCCAGGCUGCAGAGGUAGGACCCCGGCCAGAAGCAACCUCGGAGCAGUCUCGGGAAGGAUGGCCGGUUCUCUCACUCAAGCAACUUGAAGGCUGGGACUUGGAUUACAUCCUUCAGAGUCUGCCAGGGCCACAAGACAGCCAGGGCGACAGUGCAUCCAGAAGUGCAUGGUGGUUAGCUGACCGCUGCCGAGACCAAGGGCACAGCACUGGACCCUCCCAAGACAUACUCCUGGAACAGCUGGCUCUCCUGUGUGCCACUCAGUCCAGAGUCCACAACCCGACCUGGAAAGUAUCUGCCGACAAGCUCCGAGACACAGAAGAGCAGGUAGCUGGAAUCAGAAAUGCUUCAGCAGAGCCUGGUGUUCAAACUGAGCAAGUCCAGAAGAUAGCUGAGAGCAGGAAGCUGAAGACAGAGCCUCCCACCGUUUUCAUCGACCUGCGGCAGAAGGAACAGUCAGAACCACCGGAAUGCCAGUCCCGGGAGAGCUCUGAGCAUAGCUCCUCUGACAGCGAGGAGGAGGUGGAGUCAGCAGGCUCAGUACAGGUGGCAUCUUCCUGGGAACAAAGAUGCUGCACUGGGAAGAGUCAGCUUCUUCAGCAGCUGAGGGCAUUUCGGAAGGGGGCUGUGUCACCCCAGCUGUCGGCCACUGACAGAACUGGAGGCCAAAAGACCCAGGCCUCCGAAGAUACAGCUGGAUCACAAACUCGGAGAAAGAAGCACCUGAAACUCUGGGCGGAGAAGCAGAAUGCCCUGCGUCUAGGGGACCCUCUUGAAACACAGCUGCUCCCUGGUAUGGGGCAGCUAUAGGCAACUCAGGUAAAAGUCCUGAGAAGCGGGUUGGGUGGCAGGCUUUCUACCUACCCCGCCCUGGUGGUCUCUACAGUCUACCUGUUUCUAACAGCUUGGGCCUUGGGUGGGACCCGCAGUCUAGAUUCCAUGUGGCCAGUUCAAGCGUGGUUAAACUUUUGUUGUGGUGGUGGGAACUCCAUCCAGGGCCUUUCCCGGUCCCAUAUUUAAACAUAUUUAUAGUUUCCUAUAGAAAAUUUCCCCAGGUUCCUGGAUUCCUGGCAUUUCAUGUACCCAAGUUAACACACCCAUACAGAUCUGAUGGAAAAGGGAGUAAAAAAUGAAAUUUGC